AACCCGGCAGCCGCCGGCCGGGAACACCCCUUCGCCGGGGCGCUGCGGCGGCGGGGAGCGGACGUGACAGCGGCGCGGCCGGCGGCGGAGCGCGAUGGGGGUCCCGCGGGGACAGGAGCGCCAGGCCCCGCAGGAGGUGGAAACAAGAGAAGAUGAGGAACAAAACAUCAAGUUGACUGAAAUCUUGGAGCUGUUGGUGGCUGCUGGGUAUUUUCGAGCAAGAAUCAAGGGGUUAUCACCCUUUGACAAGGUGGUGGGAGGCAUGACGUGGUGUAUCACUACCUGCAGCUUUGACAUUGACGUGGAUUUGUUAUUUCAGGAAAACUCUACUAUUGGUCAAAAAAUUGCCUUAACUGAAAAAAUCGUGUCAGUAUUACCAAAAAUGAAGUGUCCGCAUCGUUUGGAACCACAUCAGAUCCAGGGACUGGAUUUCAUUCACAUAUUUCCUGUUGUACAGUGGCUGGUGAAACGUGCAAUAGAAACAAGGGAAGAAAUGGGAGAUUAUGUCCGUUCUUACUCAAUAUCACAGUUUCAGAAAACUCACAGGCUGCCAGAGGAUGAUGAAUUCAUGCAAAGAAAAGAGAAGGCACUCAAAACAGUUACUGAUAUCUUUGAGGUUUACAAACCCCAGAGAAAAUACAAACGUCAGACAGGAGCUGAGGAGCUGCUGGAUGAGGAAUCAAAGGUUCAUGCCACACUUCUGGAAUAUGGCAGGAGAUAUGGAUUUAGCAGACAAGCAGGAAAAACAGAACAGGCUGAAGAUAAAAAAGCUGUGCUACCUCCAGGGCUUGCAGCAGCAGGGAAGGCUGAGCCUUCUGAUGAAGAUGACCUUCAGGCUGCUGAGGAGCUUCGCAUUAAAACUCUGAUGACUGGCAUGGCUGCAAUGGCAACAGAAGAGGGCAAACUGACAGCAAGCACAGUUGGCCAGAUUGUUGGACUCCAGUCAGAUGAGAUCAAGCAAAUUGUGUCUGAAUAUGCUGAGAAGCAAUCUGAGCUUUCUGCUGAGGAGAGACCAGAAAGGCUUGGAGCUGCCCAGCAACACAGAAGGAAGGUGGCAUCUCUCAACAAGCAGAUCUUGCAGAAAACCAAACUCCUCGAGGAGUUGCAAGCUAAAUAUGCUGAUCUGCAGGAAAAAUGUACCAAAGCAAAAGAGACAUUAACAGAGGUUAAGAGUUACAGUGAAAAGCUGGACAAGGAAUUGGCAGCCUUAGAAACAAUAGAAUCCCAAGCAGAUUCUAGCAUAUUACAGAGUCUGAGAGCACUGGUGGCCAUGAAUGAAAACCUGAAGAGCCAGGAGCAAGAGUUCAAAGCACAUUGUAGGGAAGAAAUGGAGAGACUACAACAAGAUAUUGAGACUCUGAAAGCCGAAACAGCGGAAGAUGGGGAGGAACAGGAGCCAAAUAAGAUUAUAGAACAGCAGUACAAAGCUGAGAAAGAGAAACUUCAAAAGAUCCGCCUGCUACUGGCACGAAGAAACAGAGAAAUAGCCAUUUUACAGCGCAAGAUUGAUGAAGUUCCCAGCCGAGCUGAGCUCACACAGUAUCAGAAGAGAUUUAUUGAACUUUACAGUCAGGUCUCAGCAACUCACAAAGAAACCAAGCAGUUUUUUACUCUUUAUAAUACACUGGAUGAUAAGAAAGUAUAUUUGGAAAAGGAGGUUAACUUACUGAAUUCUAUCCAUGACAACUUCCACCAAGCCAUGGCGUCGUCUGGAUCUCGGGAGCAGUUUUUGCGGCAGAUGGAGCAGAUUGUGGAAGGCAUCAAACAGAAUCGAAUGAAGAUGGAAAAGAAAAAGCAAGAAAACAAAAUGAGAAGAGACCAGUUGAAUGAUGAAUACUUAGAGCUUCUAGAGAAACAGAGGCUUUACUUCAAAACAGUGAAAGAAUUUAAAGAGGUAAGAACACUUGCUGCAUUCAACUGUCAGGCAUGUUCAGUGACCCAUUUUGAUGUAUUUGUGCAUUAACAUAUCCACAAGAUUUUCUGAUAUGAUGCUUAUCACACCAUGUUCAUGAUGUCCCUUGGUGGUUUUCUCCAUGUGAAUCUUGGACUCUGAAUUUGAUUCUGAGAGUUCUUUGCUGCUAGGUUGGCACCUCUCCAUGUUACAGGGAGAGAUUAUCAAGCAAGUGGUGUAUUUAGGUUUUCAAGUGGAAUCUCAUGAAGGUCUGUGAGCAGUUAGUUAUUGGAGCAAAGAGGGGUGUGGAAAUGUGAGUGAAUGAGGAGGAAAUGCAGGAUCUUGGUCAUUAAUCUUCAGGAACCAGCCUUGUUGCCUAAUGAUUGUGAAAGCACUGUAUAACACUUCAUUGAUUUAGCCUUUCCCAAGCUUUUAAUCAUCAUGGGCUUCUGUUACUUGCUGUCUCCAUGAGAAUGAAUGAAUGAAAAUGAAUGCUGUGGGCGAAAUUGUCAUUUGGCUUCAUAUGUUUGAGGAAAAACAUCUUUGUGUAAUUAUUCCUGCUUUGUUCUGAGACAGUUCCUUCCUGCUUCAGACAGAAUGUCAGGGGUGUUCAGCUACUCUGACAUGCAGAAUUUUACAUCCUACUUGCAGAAUUUAGGAAGAUUUAUUGUUAGGUUUUUUACCUAUUUUUCUUCCAUUGCCAUGUGAGGGAAUCCCUGCUCAGCUCUGCUACCCUUAAAAAUAAAAAAGUCAUGGUAGUGGUACUGAACACAGGUGUACUUGUGUAAAUGUAUUUCCUGACCAAGAGCUGUUCCCUGAACACUGACUCUUUUGCAAACUGUCCUAAGAAGUUCCAGAUCAUCUACAAGUAAUGUCCACUUCAGAUUUUUUCUACUUAUAAGUAAAAAGCUGAAUUUGCCUUCAGAUGGGUGGUCAGGCAGUGUUCCUUCUGGCUUGCAUGUCAUAAAGUUUAAUGAGUAUUGCCAUUGGAAUAACAUUAUGGAUGAAUCAGAAUUCUCUUCAACUCAUCACUCACUCCAAGCUGCUUUGGUUGUGGCGAUGUUUCAAAAUGGAAGAAAGGGUUUGUUCUGUUGAUGUGGAGAUACAGGUGGCAGAGUUUGAGCAAUUCCUCCUCACUUGUUUGCUCUCUGUUAACAGGAGUGCCGCAAGAAUGAGAUGCUGCUGUCCAAGCUGAAAGCCAGUUCUUCCUGAAGAGCUCCAGCUGGGGAAAUCUAGAGAAGAUUGUUCAGUCCAUUGAAUCUCUUUUGUGAGGUGACAGUUAUAACUGCAAUGUAGAUGUAUAUAUAUAGAUAUAUAUAAAAAAUAUAUAUACACACAGCUGUAAAAGUCUGGUUUUUCCAGUAUGUGUUCAGUUUACAUUCCCUCAUCACAUGGCUGUAUUAUUCAUUAUUGCCUCCACUACACAGUAAAGAGUUAACACAGUACAGCAAAGUAGAAAUGUCUAAUUUUAUUUAUUUGGGUUUGGGGUUCUUUUUUUCCUACAGUAAGGACAGUGGGAGUUGUUUUUUUUUUUUUUGGGUUUUAACACUGAAUUAAGUGAAAAUUCUGGAAUAAGUUUACAUGUACUGUGUAGUAUGUCCACCACCCCACAGGAUGAGCACUGCAGAAUGCAGUACUUUGUUAAUUUGGGCCCAAAAACCCCUUCAAACUCACUUUUCCAGCUAAUAACUUCACAUUAUUUUAGUUUAUAUUCUAGCCAUAUAUAUAGGAUUCCAGAGGAUAACAAUUAAUUUCUAAUGGCUAAGAAAAUGAAAACUUACCUUGGAUAAUUCCUGGUGUAAAAUUAUAGAUCUAUAUUUUUAUAAAGUCUAGCUGUUGUAUAAAUUUCUUUGAAAUUUCAUUUUUAUAUAUAGAGAGUGUGCUUGUUAAAUUAAUAGCUCCAGGAAACAAACACCUUAAUACUAGGAUCACCACGUUAUCCCUGGCUGGGAUGGAAAUCAGAGUCUGUCACCUGUAAUAUAGGAAGAUAAAGAUUGAGACAUUCUGCUCUAAUGAACUGAUGCUCACCUUUGAAGACAACAACCUACUUACCCUGCUGAAGACUUGCUCUUGAAAGUUCAGAAACUUUGUGGGACAUUUUCUGAGACAUUUUUAUAUCUGUAUAUACAGUAUUUUAUAAUUCAAACGGUUGCUUUUUGUACUUAACUCCAGGAUUUUGGACUGGCUUCUUAAUGUACAUGACAUCUUCAGGAGAAGAAGACCCAUGUUCCUUUUCCCACUGACACUAAUGACAGCACUGUUCAAUUAUUGUCUAUGGCAGCAGAUAUAAAAUAAAGGAUGUUUGGAAUCCA